CCUGCUGAAAUUGGAAUACCAUUCACUAUUCUGUAAACUAGUGAGCCUGCUAACAAAAAUUCAUCCUAUUUUCCUCUUGUGACAUUUGUAUCGUGCAUGUCCAUAUAGUCGUUUAGUCGCGUCCAAAAAAUAGUCGUCUUGUUACUAGAAGGUGAAUGUCUAUAUAUAUAGUCGUUUAGUGGCAUGUUGAAAAUAGUCGUCUUGUUACUAAUCGGUGAAUGAAUAUCCAUAUAGCCAUUUAGUGUCAUGUUGAGAGUAGUUGUCUUGUUGCUGGCAGGUGAAUCUUCUAGUUGACCAUUUAAUUAGUGGUGUGUUGUACUAGCUAGUCAUCUUGUUUCUGGUAGGUGAAUCUUCUGGCUAUAGCCAUUAGUGACGUGUUGAGAGUACUAGUCGCCUUGUUGCUGACAUGUGAAUUUUCUGGCUAGCCGUUUAGUGGCGUGUAGAGAGUAUCUAGAAGUCUUGUUGUUGGUAGAUGAAUCUUUAUGCUAGCUAGCCUAUUUAGUGGUGAAUGCAUGAACUAAUUAUCUUGUUAUUGGCAAGUGAAUCUUUUAGUUAGCCGUUUAAUUAGUGUCAUAUGUGCAGAGAGUAGUUGUCUUGUUACUAAAAGGUAAAUAUCGGUCAACUGUAGGAAACUGGCCAAUUGCUGUCAACUGGUAUCGGUACAACCACGUCUUCUAGCUUAUAAAUUGUUACCUCAUCAUGCCAACUACCAUGGUGGCUAAACGAGCUCGUGCCAUGUGGUGGAUGAGGCUACACUCGUCUAUUCGAACCGCCUUAGCAUGCGCCAUAGUGGGGUGUGUCACCCUAUAUAGUCCACCUUCUCUUGCGAAGCAACUAGCAUUUCCUUCUUUUUCCUACGUUACAUCGAUAUUUAUAGUGUCCGACGCCACGUUAGGUCAUGCCUUAAGGGGAUGUUGGCAUGCAUGUCUUGCCACACUUCAAAUCAUGCCACUUUCUAUGCUAGGGUUAUGGCUUCAUAACUAUGUUGCCACCGACGAAUUCUCACCCGAGGUAGCCGCCCUCAUGGUGGCGUUGAGCGCAUUUUUGGUGGCGUUGCCGGAGAGUACAGACUUGAUGUGCAAGAGAAUUGCCUUUGGACAACUUGUUAUAGUGUAUGUUGAUGCUGUUAUUCAUGGGGUUUAUCUCAAUUCUCCUGUGAUGCACCCUCUUAGAAUUGCUUUUAGCACUUUGCUUGGAGCUGUGGCUUCUAUCUUAGCUUUGUUGCUGCCCUAUCCUUGGCUAGCUUAUCAUGAGGUGAAAAAAUUAUACCAAAUUUAUGCAGAAAGUGCAUCAGGAAGAAUAAAUUUAUAUUUGAAAGCCAUUCAUACUCAAGAUGAUCAAAUAACCAUGGAGUUAAUAUCUCAAACAAAGCCCUUUACUGAUACAGGAACUAAGCUUCUUGAGACUAUCAAAUUCUUGGAGGAAGGUUUGCAAUGGGAGAAACCUUGGUUGAGAUACUUGAAUCCUCAUUUCACAGAUCCAGGACUUGGUUUUCAAAAUAUGGACAUUUCAAUGAAAGGAAUGGAAGUGGCUUUAACUUCUUGUCCAUCUUUUCCCACAAGAAUGAUAGAUAAAGAGCUCUUUAAAGUCACCCAUCAUGUUAUGAUGUUUCUUAGUCAAAUAAUGGGGCAAGAUAGAUCAUUUCUACCACAUAAUUCACUAACAGCUAUGGAAACAGAAGGGGAAUUUGAGAAGGAGUACUCUUCUAGGCAUUCCCAUGAACCAAUUUUACCAACAAAACAAGAUCAACCAGCACUUUUCUUCUUAUCUUGUUUCAGAAUGUGCACGACUGAUUCAGACACGAUCACACCAAUAAACGAAGGACUAAGAGGCACAACAGGAAGUAGUAGUAGUGGUGGUAGUAACAAAUCGUGCUGCAGACGAGUCUGCAUUGAUAAGACUUUGCCAAUAAUCAAUGAGAGAAUGGUGGUAUUCGCGUUCAAGUGUUCGUUUUCAUUAGGACUGGCUGUGCUACUUGGUCUUCUAUUUAACACAGAAAAUGGAUACUGGUCAGGCCUCACAAUAGCCCUGAGCUUUGUUACAAGGAAACAAGCAAUUUUCACAGAAGCAAAUGCUAGAGCACAAGGAACAGCUAUAGGAUCAGUGUAUGGUGUACUUGGCUGCACUAUUUUUCAAAAAGUCGCGCAAAUAAGGUUCUUAUCCCUCCUCCCUUGGAUAAUUUUCACCACAUUUCUAAGGCAUAGUAGGAUGUUCACUCAAGCAGGGGGGACAGCUGCAAUGAUAGGUUCACUACUGAUUUUGGGCAGAAAGAGUUAUGGUCCACCUAGUGAAUUUGCAAUUGCCAGACUCACAGAGGCCUUCAUUGGACUAGCUUGCUUCGUCGUUGUUGAGCUUAUUCUGCAGCCUACAAGUUCAGCAACUUUAGUCAAAAAACAUCUCUAUCUGAUCCAAGGAACAAUCAAAGACUGCACUAAACACAUGGUAGUUGAUUCAAGGCAAAAGGGGUUAAUGGAGAAGCAAAUGAAUCUGAAAUCUCAAGUUCAUGACUUGUCAAAGUUCAUUAAAGAUGCAGUCUUGGAACCUAGAUUCUGGUUUAUUCCUUUUCCAAUUUCUUGCUGCCAAAAGCUCCAAAAAUCUUUGUCAAAUAUGGCAGAUGUUCUGUUCUUCAUGUCCUGUGAUAUCGAAUUCCUCUCUCAAGCAUUCGAUAGAUAUUAUCCUGAUAAAAGGGAGCUUCAACAAUACAUAAACAACAACUUACAGCAUUUUAAGGAUGCUCUAAGCUCUUCAGUGAGCUGCUUUGAGAAAACCAUUUCUAUCAGACUGUUAAAAACUUCUCAAAUCCAGCCAGAGCAGAAUAUAUUGAAUGAUCUUGAAGGAGGGAAUUCAUCAUGUCUAAGGGAGAGUGUCAUGUAUUCUAGAAACGACGAGGAGAUGCAGAUGAUUCUGAGUUCUUUUCUUCAGAACUCCAACGAGGUCCGUGGUAAAGUGAGGGACAUUGCAGGUAUAGAGCUUAGAGGAACCAUUGUUGGUUGUUUGUGUUCUUUAGAAUUUUGCAUGAGCUUUUUGGAGAGAGAAGUAAGAGACAUCGACAACGGGAUAAAAGAAUUGGUGAAAUGGGAAGAUCCUUUGGGAGAACCAAUUUGUUCAUAAGUUACUAUAAACAAAUCCAUAUGAUCAAAUGGAAAAAAAGAAUAAAGCUGUAGAUCCAAAAGUGGGCAUUAGCAUUUUAUCAUCUAUAGUUCUCUCUCUAGUUUUCCUUCAAAUACAAAGGCAAUAUGUUAUUCUGAAUCUUCUCUACAUUUUAUUAAGCACAUAUUCAU